AGCGUAGCUGGGGAAGAAAAAUAUUGCCCGUAUCACGAACAAAACACAGACAAGGUUUUCAAGCAUGUAUGUACAGUGGUUGUUGCUCACUCCUGAGAAAGCGCCGCCCCGUUUCGAAGGGCACUCUUCGAAUUGCAGCCUUCGCGAUUGGCUACGCGUCGCCGGUUUCAAUCGCUGAGGCCACAACUGACCACAAAUUCAAAGAAGCCACAUGGAGGAACUACAUGAGGUAGACCAGGUACGCACGUUAGACAAGGCGUUGACAGUGUUUACGGCUCCUACCAACUGCACGACUGCUUCUCCAGCUUCUGCGGCGGGCUCAUUGGUGCCCAAAAGCAACUGUCGUGUUUAUUGUUGCGUGCCACUUUGUACAUCGGCUAGAUCGAAACAUCCUGACGUUUCGUUCCAUCGUUUCCCAACCGCCGACCCUGACUUCAAGAGACGGCAGCUGUGGAUCGAAAAAGUGUGCUUGGACAAGCCACCUUCGCCAACGAUGGUAAUUUGCUCGCGGCAUUUCCAGCCACUGGACUUCUUUUAUUCAGGUUACUUCUGCUACCGCCGUAGGCUAAAACGAACAGCAGUGCCCAGCCGGAAAUUUGCCGAAGCCCAGAAGUGUAGAGGAGAUCACAAAAACAGAGGUUCAUCUUGUUCACCAGGAACAUGAAUCGUACGGGUACACGGAGAAGGACAAAGAAUUACAAAUCUUGGCCUGCAUGAGCACAUCAGCUGUGGUGCGACUGAAGAGGAUUGAUGAGUUACUGCCAGAGAAGUUGCAGGCAGCAUUACUUCGUUCAUGACCAUCACUUUGUUGGCUGGCCCUCCGUGAGAUCUUACCGUGUUGAGAGAAUUUUCAGAUCCUCAAGCUGCCCGCAAAUUAGAGGACAGUGGUUUGACAGAGUGAUGAAGUUAGACCAAACAGAAUAAUUGUGUUCGCCACAAGUUCUGGCUCAGAUGCUGCGAUAUUUUUGUCUUCAAAGACAAGAUUCUUUGCAAUGCACCCAUCAUUUGUAAAGCACCCCAAAUGGUGUGCUUAGUAACAGAUUCCAGAGGAAUUCCAGCGUCAUAAAUAGAAACGCCUACAGUGUGCUUUGUAAAGUUUGGCAAAUAUUAUUUAAUAAAUGUUUUGUUGCAAGUUUA